AUGCCUAAAGUAAUUGGAUACACUCCGCCAUUCCUCUGCCGGCCAUCUCCAGGCUCAAAGAUCUUCACAGACCCGGAACCGCAGUCCCCUGUAUCCCCCUCCAAACGCUCUUCCUACAUCGGUUCUCCUCCGCAGGCGCAGUACCAGGGCUCUAGGAGACUUAUUGCAAGCAGAGGUACCGAAAUAUUUACUGUCGUGGGCAACAAGAUCAGAUGGGCAGAUCUUGCGACAGUACGAGAUGACUGGGAAGAGAAUGCAAAGUCUGGCCUUGGUCUGUCUCGAACUGACACAACAGAAGCUGGUGAGGCCGCAAGCUACAAGACACUUGCUGUGCCUGUCUACUACCAGAUACGCCAGAUCUUAAUAUCUCCAUCUGGCUUUUUCCUUGCCAUUUGUACCGAGCACACUGUCCAUGUGGCUGUCCUGCCUGAUCCCUCGAGGUUGAAAGAGCGCAACAAGUCUUCGCUAAAAGUCAAGACAUAUCAGCUAGGUCCUACAGUCCAUGUCAUUCCGGAAUCUCCACUGGCAUCGGUGCUAUGGCAUCCCUUGGCUCACGCUACAACCACAACCGACUGCCUGGUGACUGUCACUGCUGAGGCCGCAGUGCGACUAUGGGAGUUCGACAAAUUGAGCAAUUGGUCCCUUGACCGCCCCAAGCUGGCCAUUGACUUGAGAAAGCUGGCGGAUGGCGUCUCCUGCGACCAAGACUAUGAACCGUCUGCUUUUGGCAAGACUCGCGGGUUUUCUGUUGAUACUGUUGACAUGGAAGUAUCUGCUGCCUGCUUCGGCGGCAGGGCUGAAGAUGACGAGGACGCAUGGGCGAGCAUGACCCUCUGGGUGGCGAUGAGGAAUGGGGACAUCUACGCGUUAUGCCCGUUGUUGCCGUCAAGAUGGAGGCCAACCUCGACCACUAUUCCUUCCCUCACCACAACAGCUAUAUCUCGAAUGGCUUCUAUCAAUGACGAUGAGGCAGACAUGGACGAAAGACGGGCCGCUCAGCAGCAAUAUGAGUGGGUUCAGGAGAUUGACAACGAGGAACCCGAGAUCCAUCAGUCCACCGACAGCCUUGGACAAGUUGAGGUGCGCUUCCGACCGCAGCAACCGAGUGCCAUCCCACGUCUCCAAGGACCCUUUACAGUUACCCCGGAGGAUGACGGCACAGAAGUUGAGAUUUCCGAUGUGUACGUGUUUCCCGCGAGAGUUGAUGAAGAAGAGCUGUUCGAUGGCGAAGACGGAGAGACGCCGGCCGUGCCAUCAGGCCCUCCCAUUCCUUUUACCACCAUCUGUGUCGCCACGCCGGAGAAUCAAGUAUCAUUCGCUAUUGAUCUGGACGGAGUGACCGGGCAGUGGCUUCCAAAGAAGGGAAAAGGUGCAUUCAGUGUCCCUACUUCUGACGCCAAACCCCUGACACUGAUCGACACGGUAUCGCUGGUCGAAGAGACCAGGAACGCUGCAGUCAAUUGGCCCAUCUUCACGCCGGAUAUCGUGUACAACCACUCGCUUUUCCUGACCACCACUGACCAUGUCUACUCUUUCUCUUUGAAUGACUGGAUAACCCAGCUCGGCGCUGAACUGGCAGGAAGUCAGCCUGUUGAUCCCGGCCUGCAAAGAAGGCUGGAGAUACGGUGCCAGAAUUCGAUCUCCGUGACUGACAAACUGAUCGACACAGGAGAACCGUCAGAGAUUCUUUCAGCCCCUGCUAUUGUCGACGACGAGUCGGUAGGCUAUCUGCUCCUCGCUUCGACCGGUCAUGGCCCUUACGGAGUGGCCUUCGAUCGAGACUAUCUCAGUACUUCCACUUUCGAGCCCCUGUCGACAGAGCUCUCCUCAUUUUCUCCCAGCCGCUCAAGCACUCAACUCGUCAAGACGGCAGACUCAGAAAUUGACCUAGUCCCAGCCCGGGAGCCUUACUCCUUGCCCAGAGUCUUUUAUGAGAAUCAACAAGUCCCCAUUGAUUCUUUGCGCAAACAACUGCCGCCACACCUCAGGAAGGCACUUACUGAUCGCCCUAUGAAGCUCAGUCCUGCUACGCUGGAGAUCAUGACCUUCACCCACCGCACAGUUGGCGUGCAAUCACACCUUUUGGAGACUGCUGCUUCAGAAUUGUUCCGCCGAUGCGAGCGACUACGCGACGAACUGGGUAGCCAAGUCAAGCAGAUGGCUGAACUGGCGGAUCAGUUGCAGCGUCUCGCCGCUACUGAAGGAGAAGAUGAGUAUGGCAAGCCAUAUCGCAUCAAAUCCCCUGACGAGAGACUCCAAGAAGCACGGGAGAAGCAGAAGAAGUUAGUGGCAAGGUACGAGGCCUUGAGGAGAAAAGUUGGCCGAGUCGGGUCCGGGAAGCGAGAUCUGAGUUCGAAAGAGCUCGCUUGGAUUGAAGAAAUCGGUGCAUUGGGGAGGAACCUUGGUAUUGUGACUGAAGAGAAAGACGGGCAAGGAGAUUCGUUCAUGGACAAGAGGUUCGACACUGUGAAGAAACUGACCCACGACCUCGUGGAAGAAGCCAACCUCAUCUCCAAACAAACUUCCUCUCCAAACCCUCCGCCAGCACUUGAAGCAUCCACAUCGUCAAUCUCCAAUUCAUCAAUCACGCCGUCCAUGUCGGCGUCCCAAAUGACCGUCACGUCGCGAUCGAGUGCUUCGCUUCCGGGCUCCACUUUGUCGACUGCGUUCGGCGUGCCUAGUCGGCUGCAGAAAGAACGCAUCGCAGACGUCAUGGGCAUGGUUGAGAGGGAAGGCGCGGUCAUCGAGGCCGCCAUGAAGCGGCUGGAGAGGUUGAAGGUCGAGUACUAG